CUUACUUUGAUACAACAACAAGCAAUCAUGACAACAAAUAUCGUGCUAGAAACAACAAUGGGUUCGCUCAUUCUUGAGCUGUACACUACGCACGCCCCAAAGACCUGCAACAAUUUUACCACCCUUGUCCGUCGCGGCUACUACGACAACACCAUCUUCCACCGCAUCAUUCCCAACUUUAUGGUCCAGGGCGGCGAUCCCACGGGAACCGGUCGCGGAGGAAGCUCCAUCUUUGGCGAGAAGUUUGAGGACGAGAUCGAUCCGGGCCUGAAGCACACGGGCGCCGGCAUCUUGAGCAUGGCCAACGCGGGCCCAAACACGAACGGGUCGCAAUUCUUUGUCACGCUUGCGCCUACACCUUGGCUCGACGGCAAGCAUACUAUCUUUGGCAGGGUAAAGUCUGGCAUGGGCACCAUCAAGAGGAUGGGUCUGGUCAAGACUGGAUCUGAAGAUAGACCAGUUGAGGAAGUCAAGAUUGUCAAGGCGCGUGUUGUGGAAGAGGAAGAGCAAAUCUAGUUGAAAAUUCGAAAAAGAGGAGUCUGGGAUUAGAUAAAUUCUUUGCAUGGGUACAUGGCGUUCGGGAGCAACUGACAAGAUAUCUUACAUGUCACACAAGCAAGCACAUGUCACGUUCAAGAUGACGCACAUAUUCUGAAAGUAU